CCAUGACAGACGGUGAUUGGCCGAAGUCGUAGCCGGCACUGCUGGGCGAUUGGCUACUCGAGGAGGCGGUCACGGAGAGGCGCUGAGUGAGCUGAAGACUUGGUGGCUCCUGUGGCGAUUAAGAAAGCCGCCGAAUACCGGCAGGGCGAGGAGCGGGGUGACUAUGGAACAUUUGCAUCCCGGAAAAUCAGAGUUAUUAGGUUACAGAUUUGAGAAGGCUCUGCCUUGUUCUAGAUGAUCUACUGGAUUAAGCACUUGUUUAGAGUGAUGUUUGAACAAGCUGGGUUGACUAUGGAAUCGUUGCUUUGGUCAAGUAAGCCUUAUGGUCCAAGCAGAAGUAUUGUAAGAAAAAUUGGUACCAACCUUUCUCUGAUACAGUGCCCAAGGGUUCAGUUUCAGCUUACUUCUCAGUCUGCAGAAGGCAGUCAUUCUAACCAAUUGAGAGAAGAUGGGGUGGUCUCCCUCGCAGAUGUUGGAUGGGUUGCUGAAGAAGAGGGAAAAGGUGAAGUCUUUACACGACUCAGGUCAGAGGUCUGGCCAAAAUCCCAACCAUUAUCUAGAGAUGAAGGCUGCUCCGGAAGAGACUCAAAUACUCAAAUACCUUUGCCAAAGCAGUCACAAGAAAAGGAAGACUCCAAGACUGCAGCAGCCACUAAUGAUGAAGCUCUGCAGAAAAUCAGUGUAUUAGAAAAUGAGCUUGCCAGUUUAAGAGCACAAAUAGCCAAAAUUGUAAGCUUGCAAGAACAGCAGAACAUGACAGCAGCUGGAGUAAGUUCUGCUGCAUCAGCUUCUGUACCACCACCACCACCACCACCUCCUCUGCCACCACUGCCAACAUUCCAGCAGAGCACCUCUGCCAUUGACCUUAUUAAGGAGCGUAAAGGAAAAAGAGUAAAUUCUGGACAGACUUUGAUAGAUAAUCCAAAGAAGCCUGAAAUACCAAAUAUGCUAGAUAUCCUCAAGGAUAUGAACAGUAUAAAGCUACGAUCAGUGAAAAGGCCAGAUGAAAGUACAAAAAGAAAAGCAGCUGACCCAACAGAUCCUGCAGCUCUAAUAGCUGAAGCUCUUAAAAAGAAAUUUGCUUAUCGAUAUCGCAGUGACAGCCCAAGUGAAACUGAAAAACAGACCCCAGCAUCUGAAACAAAGUUGUUUGGUCCACACAUGUUGAAGUCUACAGGAAAAAUGAAGACUCUAAUUGAAAACUCUUAAGCAGAAAAAAUGUGCUUCUCUACAAAGGACUUUUUUGCCUUCUCUCUUAAUUCAAGGUGCCUGAAUUGAAACUAGUGUUGAAAAUUCUAAGAAAAAGCUGAAUUUUUCCUCUGGUAAAACAGUUUUCUUGGUACAGAAACAUCCAUAUGGGUGUUGAGUUAUUAACACUAAUUUAUUUGUACAAAUACCUUACAACACCCUUAACCUUGUGUGCAAAUAACGAAAGCAAUUAAGUCGUUAUAGCUCCAGUAUAGAGCUGGAAUGACAUAAGGGGAAUUUUAUAUAUUUCAUUUUAGGUUCUUGGCCAUUUUGUUUUGAACUACUCUUGUAUUUAUGCUCUGUUCUCAGCAUCUUUAAUUGAAGCAUACAGGGCCAAACUAAAUGUUCUGCUAACUUGAGUGUAAGCAUGUGUGGCCUCAAUUCAAAUUGGGUCCAGGGAGAUUUUAUCUUCCCCCUUCUCACUGUCAAUCCCAAAUUCCACAAAUACACUGUGGAGCAGUUAAAAGGGGGGGGGGGGGUCUCCAUAGAUUCCAGUGGAGACAUGUUUGUACUUUUCAUUUCUUUUUUUACAGAAAAUUUUUGAGACAAAAAUGGGAUAGAGGAAGUUUAAAUCCGUUCUCCCAAAUCGCUGCGCUACUCAUCCAAAUUGGAGCCGCACACAUUUACGCUAAAAUAAGUCAGUAGAACUUAUGUGUGAUUAGCAGAACUUUCAGGUUGGCCCACCAGACUUCGCUGAAGCUUCUCUACCUCUCAUUAUACACUAUGAAGGAGACAAGGCUUCAAAACCUUAUUUAUUAUUCAGCAAUGCAAACUUCAAAGCUUUGUAUGUCUUGCCUAACAUGUUUUCAGUGAAGCACCUCCUGUUCUUGCUUUAAGACACAUGCUACAUUGGCAGCAUAUUUAUAGGCAAUAAACUAGCCAAAGUUCAAGCUACAUUUUUAUACACGACUAAGCAUUGUAGAGGAGUAAUUCUUAUGGAAGAUCUGGAAUGCUGCGUAUUAUUGUUAGCAAAUUUGGGACACUACAGCAGGUGACACAAUUAGCAAUAAAAUACUAUGAUAGAUUGAUUGAUAUAUAUAUAUAUAUAUAUAUAUAUCAAUCAGAUGUUUGUCAUUUGCAGUGUGUAUACCAGCAGCUUGGCUACUACUGGCUUUGACCUGCUUACUGAUACCUAUACCAGUUCAAUAGGAAACAACAUCUCAUUUUUAGAAUAAUUUUCUAAAUGCAAUUUACCUUGAGGUCUCCUGGUUGAAACUUGUUAGUACUUGUUUUAAGAAAUUGUUACCUGAAGGACUGAAAUUGUAAUAUAGUAAAAUGGGUUCUCUGCUAUUAUUAAAAACUAAUUUAAUCUAGGA